GGAUUACAACAGAGACCAGUGGGUUAGGUAUUUCAUGGCUUGCAUUCAUAUGAUACUUUAAGGCAUGCACUUGAUCCGCACAACAACCAUGGGAGAAUACGCAGGGACUCAGAGAAGCAGUACCAAUGAACAUGUCAGUGUUGACUUUGCAAGAAUAUGAAUUUGAAAAGCAAUUCAACGGGAAUGAAGCCAUCCAGUGGAUGCAAGAGAACUGGAAGAAGUCGUUCUUGUUUUCAGCUCUGUAUGCUGCCUUCAUAUUUGGUGGUCGGCACCUGAUGAACAAACGGGCAAAGUUUGAGCUGAGGAAGCCUCUUGUGCUGUGGUCACUGAGCCUUGCAGUCUUCAGUAUAUUCGGUGCUCUUCGAACUGGUGCUUAUAUGGUGUACAUUUUGAUGACCAAAGGCCUGAAGCAAUCAGUUUGUGAUCAGAGUUUUUACAAUGGACCUGUCAGCAAAUUUUGGGCUUAUGCAUUUGUAUUAAGCAAAGCACCUGAACUUGGAGAUACAAUAUUCAUUAUUCUUCGGAAACAGAAACUCAUCUUCUUGCAUUGGUAUCACCACAUCACCGUGCUGCUCUAUUCCUGGUACUCUUAUAAGGACAUGGUUGCCGGAGGUGGUUGGUUCAUGACCAUGAACUAUGGAGUGCACGCGGUAAUGUACUCCUAUUAUGCCUUGCGGGCGGCGGGCUUCCGGGUCUCGCGGAAGUUCGCCAUGUUCAUCACCUUGUCCCAGAUCAUGCAGAUGUUGAUGGGUUGUGUAGUUAACUAUCUGGUCUUCUCCUGGAUGCAGCAAGACCAAUGCUACUCUCACGUUCAGAACAUCAUCUGGUCCUCACUCAUGUACCUCAGCUACUUUGUGCUCUUCUGUCAUUUUUUCUUCGAGGCCUACAUCGGCAAAAUGAGGAAAAUAAGGAAGGCUGAAUAGUGUUGGAACUGAGAAGGAAGCCAUAGCUCAGGGUCAUCAAGAAAAAAAAUAGACAAAAGAAAAUGGCACAAGGAAUCAUAUAUAUGGUGCAGCUAAAAAUAAUAAUAAUAAUUAAAAACAAAACUUGGCAGCUUAGGGGUAACUAGGUUGAUCUAACCCAGUAAGUUUAUGAUCCUUUUAUGGUGAGGACUCACUGAGUUCAACUCCAUCUCAAAGGACUGCUGUUGAGAGACACAAUCCCUCUCAUCAACUCUAGGAGAAAAAAUGAAAGAAAGAAAGAAAGAAAAGGCAAAUGAAGGUUAUUAACAAAUUUUAUGAAAAAAUAUUUAAUAAGUCAUAUUUCCCUAAGGACAGAAGACUUUUACUAAAAACGAAACAAAACAAAAAAACGUAUUUCUAUAUCCUUUCUAAUCUUUUUCGACAUUAAACUUGAGCCAACAAGAAAAAGACAAAAAUGGUGGAGGUGCAGAGGGUGUGCCUAUAGAACCAGCGCUUUGGCAGAAAUGAAAACCUUCCUUGGGAAAGGCUGGCAGUUUUAGGCUAAACGGAAAAGGCAUCUAGAAGGUUUCUUGAAAUGGCCAUGAGCCACAACCUGAUGAGUAAGAGAAAAGCCUGAUGUUUCCCACUGAUAUCUAUAAAUUGUGUGCAGCCCUUUGGCUAGUGAGUAUGCAAAAACUGGCUGGGGCAUGAUACUUUGGCCAGGUUUUUCAAAUGAGGAACAAAACAUGACUGCCGAGUUCCAAAUGAGAGAGAAUAUGUCCAAGUGCGUUUCUGGUGGAAGUCCAGUGAUUUCUAUUAUUGCAUAGGAUAAAAGAGAUUCAUCUUUAUCCUCUUACCUGAGACUUUAAAAAAAAAAGAACCUUGGGAGGGGAGGAGGAAAGGGACUAAAAAAGAAGAAGAAGAAGGCAAAAACUACAACCAAAUAAUAUCAAAAAUUAAUCCUACUGACUAGACAAUAUUCAGUUCCACUGAGGGAGGGGCAGGAGAGAGGGAUUCUGGGAAAGAGGAAGACAAGCUAAAACAAGAUUCCAUAGAUACAGGCAAUAUGUAUAUUCCUCUCUAUAUAUACACAUACUCGUGCACACACACACAGACACGCACACACAGCUUUCGAUGUAAAAACCUGUGAGGCAGUACACAUUUUAUAUUUUUUGUGACUUUCAAGAAAAAUAAGUAACUGCGAAUUAUGUGCAGUAUUAACACUGUGUUUCUGCACCUGCCACACCUGCCUUUCCAGCAGGGUAGAGGUGUUUAAAGUGCCCUCUUCUGGUCAAGUGGAGCGAAUGCAAGGGAACCAAUUUGGCCAUGACCCUUGAAAAUCCAAGGCCCCUGAAGACUUACUUAACCGCUCAAGUUUUGAAACCAUUUAAAACAACAAUGGCCCAUUGACCCCAUACAAGUUAGCUUCAGAAGUCAAACAAGGUCAUUCACUCUGGAACUCAGAAUCAAUUCUUAAGAGCCAUAUUCUUUAAAGGCAAAGUUAGAUUACAUUCUCUGUGAUAUUUCAGUCCUUUACAAGCCAAAUAAAUGUGUAUAAGAUCUUAGUAUUUCAAAGAAGCAAUCAUGUAAAGUCCUUGUUUCAUGUGAUACCGUAGUACUCUAAACUGUAUCAGUCAAGUAGCUUAAAAAUUAGAAGAAUUAGAUAAACAGAUUAGGGCUGCUAAUCUACAUAGGCUAUACACAUCUGACCACACAUACAUAUGCACACUGUGUGGGUUACACAGAACUGAACUGCAAAGCCCAACUGAGUAGACACACUUUUUUUCUGGCUAUUAGAAAAGAUUGUCAUUUAUCUUUCUUGCUUUAUUUGAGAGUGUACAGUACAAGGGAUUUUUUCAAAUUAUUUUUGUAUUAAUUUAGCUUUAAUUGUGCUGUCAUUCAUGAAAUGGAGCUGCUCUGGUUUUCUGUCGAAGAUGACAAGGGCUUUUUGUGUGUGUGUGUGUGUGUGUGUGUGUGGAAUUAAAAAAAAAAGAAUAAAGUUACAUUCCAUUCGGUGUGAAUGGUUUUUACCAAUUAACAAGGAGUCCUUGUGAACAAAGUUAUAAGAAUAUGGGGCUAGGGAGUGUUACCUUUGUGUAUUUUGAGUAUUCUAUGAUGUCUCGGCAUCACUGGCACAUGUAAAAAACAGUAGCUAGACGAACGCGAUGUUUGUUUAUGUGAGCUGAAAUGAUAGAAUUGUAAUGGGGAAAAAUAGAUUUUUAUAAAAUAUGAGCAGUGUUAUCUUCAGCUUUGGGAGUUAUUAAACAUUGUGCAAUAAGCCCCCCCCCCAAAAAAAGCAACAAUAACUUAAUAUGGGCAAAUUAAUGAAAAGAAGGGUGUGCAGGGGAGAGGGUGCAAAAUGAAAACUGACUUUGCAUUGAUUGAAGGACUGACGAGCACCUCUCCUUGUUGCCAAAUAUAUGCGUAAUUCCAUGUCUUAUAUCACUAAUUAUUUGAUCCUAGGUCAAAAUCAGUAAAAGGUUAGGUUUCCAGGCUGGCGUUUCCUAGAUCUUUUAUUAGGGUGUGGAGUAGCAUUCAUAUUCAUUUGAAAUUAUUUUGAAUUUUUUGUUUAUUCCACGUCCAACAAAUGGGCUACAUAUCUUGAAGCAGAUCACCAAUUUUUGGCAUCAAAAACAAACCACUUACUUUUGAUGAAAUUCCAAUACUCCAGGUUCCAUCGUUUCAUAUGGUAGUGCAAUAUUUUACAAUGUGGUUAACUGGAUUAUACAAUCCAUAAGAAAAUCCCCCAAACCUACCAGAGAAUUGACUGCCAUCUUGAUCAUUCUGCUCCCAGUUGACAUUCCAGAAAGCCUCGGGUAGGCGUGUUUUUCUAGAUGCCCCACUAUGCUGCAAUAGAUUCUAUUGAAGUUUUUUCAUUGCAUUCUAGUCUGAUAACCCAGUAUGAAGGAAGCAUCCCUAGAGGAAGAAACAUAGACUGCUGUCCCAGGAAAGCCCAAUGUUCAAAUUAUUGAACAUCAUCUGAAGCCAACAAGGCUCUGGAAAAAGUUUCAACUGAAUGAUUUGUUCUCUUAAGAGUAGAGAAAAAUGGCUCCUACAGAUGUUUGCUUCCAGUGUCAAGUCUGUAUCAACAAGGUCACACGGAAUUGAGCUAGUUAUUCCAAUAAUUCCAUUACCCCAAACACUUUUUUUUGCCUUAUCUAGAUUUUUAAUGGGGGAGAAUUCCCUUUUCCCCCUCCCUCUACAGGGAGAGGGAAUGGAGGAGAAAAGGAAAGAAAGAUCAGAAUUACCUAAAUAUCUCAAUUCUGCACUUCACUUGGUUAGGGUAGAUUUUGACCAAGAGUUAGAUACUUGAUUAGAGGAGAAUCUCCUGGGAUCGAAUGUAAAAAUUACUAUUUUUCUAGGAGAACACUUUCAGGGAAUGAACCAAUAGAGUUUCACUAAGAAAUUAGAUGGAUCUCUGUGACAAGAUAAAACCCUAUUUAUUACACAAAGGGAGCAAAGGUACUAGAAGAGUCGUUCACACCGUAGAAGAAAUAAUCUCACAGUCUGAUCCUUUGUCCCAGGCUACUAAAUUAACAAGAUAAAACCCAGUGGACAGAGGGCUACUUAUCUCUUUCUGGCCAGAGACCAGAGGUGUAUCACAGGUCAACCACAAAGUAAAUGUAAGCAUUCUUUCCCUAUCCAAUUAACCAGUCCACUUCCAGAGAAUUAGUUGGCUCGCUUGUGAGGUGAUCUUAAUCAGCCAUUCAUUCAGCUUGCUGAAAAGAUUAAAUAGUGCCAGAGCAGUAGAGACAUGACCCAAGUCUUCCUUUCCCACUUGAGAGCUUUCUUCCUGUGGCAUAGAGAUAUUGGGACACCAUCUCACUGAAGAGAUCUCGACCUUCUUGAGAAUUCUUAUUUCAGAAUGCCUUGGUGACAACUUGUAGCUUUUCAAUGAGGGAGGGGAGAAAUGACUUCUCAGCUUUCUUUCUGUUUGUGAUGCUGAAUACGAUUGCCGUUUUGGACCAAAUAGUACUGCCUACAUUAAUGCUGUGAGCCACUUACUGUCUGCAGCCUUAACCUAGAGGCCAUCCAUCUGCUCUUUAGAAUUUAUUUUGCUUUUCCAAAGAAGCUGGACUCUUGUGCUUCAGGCCAAAAUGUCAGUUUAAAAGCAAGACCAAUUAAGAGCUGGCCAUUCUGGACCUCCCCAUGUUUGGGAACUUAAGAUAAGGGCUGAGAAUGUGAACAAAAUUCUUUAUACGUGGCAGACAAUCAGCACUGAAGUCUUUCUAAGUGGAGGCCAGGGACUGUAGGGGAAUGGAAGCAUCAAAGCAGACAAAAUGUUUUCUUUCAGGCCAUUACCGGAGAUGCCACUUGUAACAGACUCCAAAUGAUCAGUGCAAUUGGGGCAUAAGGUAGAACUCAUAGGUAAGAUGGUAAGAUGAUGUGCAUCCAUACAAAGGCUGGUGAGGGACCACAAGCCCAGUGUGAUUUCACCAUAAUGCUUUCCUCUUAUCCUUAUGCCUUUCAAUGCUCAAGGUUCAUGGAGAAGAAUAAAAUUAAAAAUCCAGGUUUCUUGUUUCUCUUUUCUCCCUGUCAUAUUCAUUAAUGGGAUGGUAUAAUUUAGACCAUGUAUUCUCCAAUCAAGGAAAGCCAAGCAGAUACAAUGGAAGUACAUUUGUAAUGUGUGUUUGGGGAGGCAUCAGUAACAAAGUCGACAGUUUGUAAAAUCGUCUUACUGGGCCAAGGCUCAGGAGUAGGAAGAUAAGCCUCCCUAUGUUAUAGUUAUAAAUAUAAAUCCAAAUCCGUGGUAUCAGGGACCACGUUGUAGUGGGCUUCUCCUGAAGUAUCAUUCAAAGAAAUUGGUCAUUUAAAUGUGAUAGCAGACUAAGCUGGCUAGGGCUAGGGAGUGGGUCCACACUAGCAGGCUGAUACCUAUAAUAAAUUGUUUUCCCCCUUCUUUGUGUCACUUUGGCCUUUCCCUAGUAGAUAAAAAGUGGGGUAACCCUAAUUAAUGAAAAGCUGAAGGGCCUUAGCAAGAGGUCCUACUCUUUCUUAGGCUCUGUCUGCUUCAUAUGGGCCAGGCUGUCACGGGAUGCUUCCAGCUGCUUUCUUGUAAACCACUGGAAGACAGGCCUUUAGGAAGUCUGUAAUCAAUACUCGGCCAUCCAUGUAAGCCUAAUGGAACAAACCAGAGCGAUGUUAGGAUUGUUACCAUUUUCAAGUGCAUAUUUCAUGACAUAAAAGAACUAUUUUUUUCUGGUGUAUUAAUAUUCAGAAUAAAAUCAUAACUUUUGAUUUAAAAUGAAAAA